UACGUCAUCUUCCUCUAUUCUUGGUCCGAUCUCUACUUCUCCACCACCAACUUUCUUCAAACCAAAACUGCAUCCACAAAAACCCGCAAACUUAGAUCCUGCAUUCCAAAAACUUGGCAACGCACAGUUUCCCGUUUGGCCGUUGCCAUAUGCAUUAAGGUUCGAGAGUGGAGUUAACAAUGGGAUGUUUGGAUUUAGUAUUUCGAAUGUGGACGAUGAUUUUGUGUUUGGACCAAAUGCGAGAUACUUCUACUCGAUAUACACUCCUAGCAUCAUAAUGGGUGCCAAAGAGUUCACGACCACACCAAAACUUCUCCUUUCCGAACCCGACAAUUUCUCCAUUAAUGCAGUGCUCGUGCCAAAUUCUUCAAAAAAUCCUACUCUUACUCGAUCACAAAUCAAUUUCCCGAUUGUUAGAGGCAUGGCAUUUGUCACGGCCCAGUAUGAAAACCUGACCCCCUUAUUUGAGUCAGGCGUUGGAUUUGGCGCACUCAGUUCCCCUAUUGCUUUGAGUCGCGGAGUUAUAAAGUACAGAAUCAUAUCGACAGACGGAA